AUGCAAACUUUUAAAAAAUUAAUAUUAAUUUUGUUAUUAUUAGCUUUAUUUGUUUUUUCAAAUGGUCAAUAUACAUUUAAUGUUUUAAAUAAAGCUCCAGGAUCUAAAUGUGAAAAUGGUACAAUGGCAGAAUUAAAUACUUGUAGUAAAGAUUGUUUAACAUCAUUCUUAAUUUUAAAAUCAAUUGAUAAGAAAUCAUUAACAUUUACAACUUUUAAUAAUAAUCAAUGUAAUGGUGAUUAUAAUACUCAAACAACUUUUGAUUGUAAACCAACUCCUCAAAAUAUUUCUCAAACUCAAUACUUUAUUUCAUGUGAAGAACAAACCUCUAAACCUACUAGUUCUCCAAUUCAUUCCAAUUCAACAAUUAAAUCCACUUCUACCACUACUACCUCCACUCCUCUUCCUCACAAAGAUACUCCACAUCACUCUGCUAGUAGUUCCUCUAUUGUAGUUAGAUUAACACCAAUUUUUUUUAUUGCAUUUGCUUCUCUUAUUUUUUUAUUUGGUUUCUAA